AUGGCACCACCACCACGUAUCAUCCUCUUCACCUAUGACAUCUCAGUCUUUGGGAGGAAAGUGGAUUGGUACAUGACAUUAUGCCGCCUGGAUUACUUCCAGUGCAUCGUGCUCAACCGGCUCCCGCGUCCCGUGCUGGAAAAGCUGGGGAUCCAGUACCGCCGCAUCCCCAUCCUCGCCAUCAACCGCGACAUCUACUGCGACACGCGCGUCAUCCUCGACAAGCUCGAGGCGUUGUUCCCGGCGUCGCGCAUCGGGGGCAAGACGCCCUUUGAGAGGGGGCUGGACCACCUGUUUGAGACGUGGGCCAUCGAUGCAGGUCCCUUUGGCCGCACGGCCGGGUUGAUCCCGCCGACGUCGGACGUGAUGUUGGACGAGGAGUGGCUCAAGGACCGCGCCGCCAUGUCCGGGCGCAAGUUUGACAGGGAGACGAUGAGGCAGGGUCGCCCCGAGGCCCUGGCCCACGCGCGCAUGUACUUCACCCUGAUGGAGACGGAGCUGCUGGCCGACGGGCGCGCGUUCCUCCUCGACACGCCCGAGCCCACCCUCGCCGACAUCCACGCCAUCUGGACCUUCGACUGGACCCUUCAGGAGAAGAUGCGCAUGUACGAGUGCCUGGAGAAGGACGUCAUCAACCCGACCCUGUUCCCCAAGACGUUUGCCUACGUCGACCGCUUCCGCAAGGUCAUCGCCGACAAGUCCCGCCCCAGCGUGCCCGCAGCCGUGUCCAGCGACGAGGCCAUCGACCUCAUCCUGACCUCGGACUUCUUCGAGCCCGAAGGCACCGUCGACCCGCUCGACCCGCUGAAAUUAAAAAAGGGGCAGUUGGUCGAGGUCUUCCCCGUCGACUCGGGCUUCACGCACCACGACAAGGGCGAGUUGGUCUCGAUCGGUGUCAAUGAGGUCGUGAUUGCGAGUACCCCCAAGGUAGGCGAGGGGCGACUGAGAUUGCAUUUUCCCAGAGUCAACUUUCGAAUCCUGCCCCUGGCGGAAUCGAAGAUAUAG